AGAGUCUACUGAUUACCUACUAAGGUGUGUUAUUUAUGUCUAGAACCAUAAAUCAUAAUAUUAUUAUAAGUUUGUAAUUGUAAAAAAUAAGUAUAAAAAACUACGCUUGUUGGAUAUGGGUCAAGGGAAAAGUCAAUUCACGGAGGAAGAAUUGCAGGAUUAUGAAGAUCUGACAUAUUUCACCAAGAAAGAAGUGCUUUACGCCCAUCAGAAGUUCAAAGCCUUGGCCCCAGAAAAAGUAGGGCAUAACAAGAAUGCUAAGCUGCCAAUGGCGAAAAUCUUACAGUAUCCUGAGUUGAGAGUAAAUCCAUUUAGAGAUAGGAUCUGUAAGGUUUUCAGCUCAAGCAAUGAUGGAGAUUGUACAUUUGAAGACUUUCUUGACAUGAUGUCUGUUUUUAGCGAUAAUGCACCAAAGGCUGUCAAAGCUGAACAUGCCUUUAGAAUAUUCGACUUUGAUGGUGAUGAUAUGAUAGGUGUUUCCGACCUUAGGGAAGUAAUAGAACGCUUGUGUGGUCCAGAGCUGAAGCUCAGUGAUUCCGAGAUACAACAGUUAGUGCAAAAUGUUUUAGAAGAAGCGGAUCUAGACGAUGAUGGUGCAUUAUCAUUUGCGGAGUUUGAACAUAUCAUUGAUAAAAGCUCAGAUUUUUGCCACUCCUUCAGGAUAAGACUGUGAAGAAACUCCACUCAACUUAUAUUUAAUGUUUAGUAGUAACAUAUAUAACAAUAAUCAACAAUGUAUCUCACACUUUCGAAAAUUGUAAUAACUUUAUUAAAAAUAUUUAAAGAAAUUAAUGUUCUCAUGUUAAUGUCUUCCUUAGUUAAAUUAUUCUUUUUAGAUAAAUAUAUAAAUGUUUAUGAUCUUCUCAAUAUUUGUGUUGUGAUGUAUUUAUAAUAAUUUAUUAACUCGUACUUGAUCAAAACUGCCAAAUAUUUAAUAAGAUUUUUAAUUUAUCUAGUGUU